AUGUCUUCCGCGUCUACAGUUCCUUGGAAAGUGGCAAUGCCCGAGGCUCUUAACACAGGGAAAGACAAACUCUCGGCAUACUACACAAAGACCGAAAAGACAUAUGGCAGCCUUUACGCGAUUGGUACUAUCCUUGCACCCCAGCAUAAACUCAAUUUCUUCUCGAGUGAGCUAGUCUAUGUUCAGGACUGUUAG